AUGGCCCACCAUGCAAAUGCAGAAUAUACCGAUCGAAAGCGUGAUGAAAACUUUACCCUGUUACAGGCGUUUGAGUGGUACACGAAAGGAGGUGGCAAGCACUGGAAGAAGUUUAACGAGAUCUCUAAAGAGCUUUCACUUGCUGGAAUUACUGCAUACUGGAUCUCUCCUCCUACGAAAGCGGCCAAUCCCUCCUCUGUCGGAUAUGAUAUAUAUGACCUCUGGGACCUCGGGGAAUUUGAUCAAAAGGGCGGAGCUGCAACAAAGUAUGGAACAAAGGAUGACCUAGUCGCCAUGAUCAACGAAGCACGGAGGAACGGCAUAGUCGUCUACAUUGAUGCAGUUCUUAAUCACAAAUUUGGUGCUGAUGAUGUUGAAAAGUUUCGAGCGAGCGCGGUGGACAGCAAUGACCGCACUCAGGAUGUGGGAGAGCAGCACAAUAUCAAGGGCUGGACCGGAUUCUCGUUUCCAGGUCGCCAGGGGAAGUAUAGCGAACUGAACUGGUGCUUCAAUCACUUUACCGGCGUCGACUACGAUGAUAAGUCGAAAGAAACAACGAUCUUUCGUAUUCAGGGUGACGGCAAGACGUGGGCGGCUCAUGUAGAUGGCGAGAAUCAGAACUAUGACUUCCUGAUGGGGCAGAUAUUGACCACAAAGGUGGAGAAGGAUAUGUUAGACUGGGGAACUUGGGUAUUGAAAGAGGUGGAUCCAUUCGAGUUUGAAACCAGCCACGGCACUGACGAAAAGAUAAAGACCGGCGCCCAAGGCUUCCGCUUUGACGCAAUCAAGCAUAUUAGCCGGGAUUUUAUCGCAAAGUUUGUCCAGCACGUCCGUGAAACGUCUGGAUCCUCCCACAUGUUUGCCGUUGGGGAAUAUUGGAAGGAUUCUAUCGACGAUCUUGACACCUAUCUUUCCGAGCUUGGCACCCAAUUUAGCGUUUUCGAUACUCCAUUGCACUACAACUUCAAAAAGGCGGGUGAACAAGGCAGUUCUUACGAUAUGCGUCAAAUCUUUGAUGGGACGGUCGUCCAAAAGAGGCCAAUCGAUGCAGUGACACUCGUGGACAAUCACGACACUCAAGUUGGGCAGUCACUUGAGAGCUGCGUACCUUCGUGGUUUAAGCCACUGGCCUAUGCGCUCAUCCUCUAUCGCCCCGAUGGGUAUCCCUGUGUCUUUUGGGGAGACUUAUACGGCUGCGAGGGACCAGAGGGAAAUCCUCAGCCACCCGUGAGCCAGCUUGCAGACUUUGUGCGUGCACGCAAGCUGUUUGCGUAUGGCGAAAUCCGUGACUACUGGGACCACCCCAACUGUCUCGGGUGGGUACGAGUUGGGGAUGAGUGGCAUGACGGAUGUGCCAUUGUAAUGUGUAACGGCGACGAAGGGUUCAAGUGGAUGGAGGUCGGAAAGGAGCAUGCAGGGGAGACCUGGACAGACGUUCUUGGCUGGCAUCAAGGCGAGGUCAAGAUCAACGAGGAUGGAUGGGGAGAGUUCAAGUGCCCUGCUCGCAGCGUCGGCGUCUGGACCAGGCAAGAUGCUCGAGGGAGAGAAGAGUUUAGCACCUGCAAGUGA